UCAAAGCUCCCGAACCAUGACAGCUCAAGUGCAAAUAGCGCAAACCGUCGCUUGCCAAGGCUCUAUUUGCAGUCCGGGAGCUGGAACAUGGACGGCCGAAGCUGAAGGAAGAGGGCUGGCUGGGGUCGAGAUUGGGCGAGUGCAGCAGGCGCUUUCACCUUUAGCCAUCUUCUGAGGUGACACGGCCAGCAGCAGACAGCGGCACCAUCGUCAAUCACCACCAGGCAAACUUCAACAUGUAUUGCUCCUUAUAUAGUUCCUCCCAAUGACUUUAGACAGAGUGCUUGUGAGAGCUCGUCGCCCAACAGAGCAGUCGCUACCACUACGACCAUCCUCAGCCCGUGAUGUCUUAUCCCUCGAGCAACCACUGGACUUUCGAUGGUGCUUCUUUCAGUUUCUUGCCUUGGAAUUACAACCCGAACCCUGACGAGUCCAGCUCUCAGACCCAACAGCAACCCUUCAAUCCCUCUCAGCCAGCAUACAACCGGCCGACACAGCAACAACCAUACACUUCCUCCGCCGCUCAAUACCCGCGACUGCCUGUACCAGCGUACGCUCAGUCAAGGCACCACUCGACAGCCGGCCAUACCCGACCGCAGCAAUAUUCAACUCCAUCCGCUUCUUUGCACGCCGCUUUGAGGGAAGGCGCAGACUUUCUCCCAAGACCUUCAAUUGUCCCUCGACUACCACCACUUUCUCGCCUCAACUCCACUCCCACGCAGCAAUCCAGUUUCGGCUACAUUCCCAACCACUUCUUUUAUUCUCCACCUCAGUCGCCGCAAGAACCUGAUCCGCCACAUCACACGACCAACACAAAUCCUGUUUCGUCCUCGUCCGCACAGCCCUUUGCAGGUCCAUCCUACACCAACCAGUUUGCUGGCCCCUCUAUUCCCAAUCCUCUUGCAAACCCUUCUGCUGCCACUCAAUCGACCCCGCGUCUCGACACGCAGACUCUGGCUGGCGCUUUCAGGGGCGACAGCUCACAUCUACAUUCUCAUAAUACUCUAGGGCAGCAGCACAUCAAGGAGGAAGAUCUAGACACAAUGCCUCCUCCAACAUCCGCAUCUACUGCCGCUGCUUCUCGCAAACGUGCACGACCUUCCUUUUCCUCUGGCACACCACCGUCUGCAACUAAGCGUCGCCUUAAUCCCGAUCUCAUAGAGCUAGACGAUACCGAUGAAGACGAAAUCGAAGAGCUAGGUCCCGAUAAUGACAUCCUUGCAAAAGAACGUGAGGCCUUGGUCACCAAGCAGCGCGAAGAGAGCAACAAGGUCAACAGGAUGGGUGAAUUGAACUGCAUGAUUUGCUUGGAGCAUUUUACCAACAUGACUGCCACGCAUUGUGGUCACAUAUUCUGCCACGAAUGCUUGACCCAGGCUUUGAUAGCCAGUCAACGAAAUUCCGAUCACAACUAUGGCACAUGUCCGGCCUGCCGCAAACCCAUCAAGCCCAAAGGAAAGACACAAAUAGUCCCUCUGACCUUGAUGAAGGCCAGGAAAAAGUAGAGCUUGACCUUUGACAGCAGUGAUCUGGAUGAUAGCGAUCUGGAUUUGUGAUUAUAGGAUUCGGCGUUGUCUUUUGAAUUACAUGGUUUCUAGCUUUAUACCCACUCUUCGCUAUUAACAACCACUCGAGCUGUUUAGGCAGUUAAUUAAAAUACCAUCCAUUUUUAUAUUCUUGCA